AUGUUUGCCAUCCUUGCUAUAUUUUUGGCUGCUAUCAGCUUCGUGUUGGGUGCACCUGCGACCGAUCUAGCUGCCUCAAACGAGCUGGUCAAGCGUGACUGCCCUGCAGCCGAUCUCACCUACCUGUCGAUCAUUGCCGACGGCGUUCCUAUCGUCAAUCUGCACUGGUGCAGCUCUGUCGCUGCAGGUGCAGACGGUAGCAGCUGGUCCAACACCAACCCCUCGACGCCAAAGACUCAUUUCCAUUUCGGCGGGGUCGAGCAUGUCCGAGAUGGCUACACAAUGAACACCUGGACUGUCCGUGGUGCAACGCAGGGCGGCAUUACUUUUGCGUUCACCUUUGCUUUCUUCUUCAAAGACCGCUCGAUCUACUUUGUCUCGCUCUGGGAUGUCAUGUAUGUCACCUCGGUCAUCAAUCAGGAUCAAAUCCAGUACAAGAUUGUCAUCGAUGUUUGCGUUUCGCGGCAAUCAGACCGAGCGAUGUGUUUCACCUAUGGCGUGCCUUCCUCCUUACGUCGAUCUUCUCAUACAAAGAUGUCCUUUGCGUUCAUGGCUGCAGUACUGGCCGCCAUCAGCUCUGUUCUCGCUGCGCCUGCAUAUGACAUGGCCACUGCCCGCACGCUGACAAAGCGGUUCUGCCCGGCGGUCGACGUGACCUAUCUCGCCAUUUUCGCAAAGGAAGCUGAUAGCUUGCCUGUCAUCGAUCUCCACUGGUGUUGUGUCCCCGGAACAAGCUGGGAUGGAAGCAGCUGGCAGAACAUCAAUCCCUCGACGCCAGACACACACUUUCAUUUCGUCGGCGCCGCGCUCGUACGAGACGGCUACACGAUGAAUGCGUGGAAUGUGCACGGUUUCGAGAACGGCAUCCCUUUCUCGUUUACGCUUGCCGUCUACUUCAAGGGAGCAUCGAUCUACUUCGCGUCCCUGUGGGGCGCUACACGCGGGGAUGCAAUCAUUGCGGACAGCCUGAUGGUGUUCAAUCUGGAGAUCGAUUACAUCGACCGCUUGCAUUGGCAGACUCCUCGCUCGCAUGGCAGCAAGCCACGAAAUUCCUUUCGCGUAUCUCCAAGAAUGAAGAUGAUCGCUUGCAAGAUCAUAGCUAGCUUCGCCACCAUCAGCUUGGCUCUGGCCGGACCUGUCUCAAUCAAGUCCGCGCACACCCGCACACUCGAUAAGCGUGGCUGCUCGGCUAGCAACGCAGUCUCCUUGAGCGUCACCGAUACUGAUACGAAAGCGACUCUCAUCAAGCUGCACUGGUGUAGCGAGUACUCGCCCAAAGCCAGUGGCAAGAUGUUCAACAACUAUGACGCACACUCUUCGCUUCACUUUGCAUUCCUCUCCGGCGGUGCCGAGACUGAGGGCUUUGCUUUCAACUCGUUCAAGGUCACCGGAUCAGAUGAGAGCAACAAGCCUUUCAAGUUCUUCUUGACCUACUAUUUCCAGACUGCGACUGAUAAGGUCACUCGCGCUACCGUGGCCGGUCUCGACCUCGACGGCAAGAGCCACGACAUCGACUACGUACUAGAGCAGGCAGGCACUGUGGUCGGGCCUUGGCCAUUCUGA